CCCGCCUUCGCCUCUGCCGCGCCGCGCUCCAGCUCCCCGCUGCCUCUGCUCGGGCACCCGGGUUCUCCCGGCUCGGCCCCGCCUGCCGUUUCGUCCGGAGUGUCCCAGCACUCGGUGCUUACUGAGACAUUAGCCUAUGGCAGGUGCCGAGAACGCUGUGACCUGUGAUAACAUGGAGCUGACAGCUAAUAGGGGAGAGACUGUGUAAAGGCAGGGCUUGGCCUCUGUGUUCUCUGGCCGCAUAUCUCGGAAAUCAGUCUCCCAUACAGAGGACAUCGGUGACACCAUGGCAGAUAACAAGCGGUACCGGAACCCUACAGAAGUGCAGAUGAGCCAGCUGGUACUGCCCUGCCACACUAACCAUCGAGGGGAACUGAGCGUUGGGCAGCUGCUCAAAUGGAUUGACACCACAGCCUGCUUGUCUGCGGAGAGGCAUGCCGGCUGCCCCUGCGUCACGGCCUCCAUGGACGAUAUCUACUUUGAGCAUACCAUUAGUGUCGGCCAGGUGGUGAAUAUCAAGGCCAAGGUGAACCGGGCCUUCAACUCCAGCAUGGAGGUGGGCAUCCAGGUGGUCUCCGAGGACCUGUGCUCUGAGAAGCAAUGGAGCGUGUGCAAGGCCUUGGCCACCUUUGUGGCCCACCGGGAACUCUCCAAGGUAAAGCUGAAGCAGGUCACGCCACUGACAGAGGAAGAGAAGACCGAGCACGGGGUGGCAGCUGAGCGCCGGAGAAUGCGUCUGGUUUAUGCAGACACCAUCAAGGACCUCCUGGCCCGCUGUGCCAUCCAGGAUGAUCUUGACAGCAAGGACUACAGCAACAUGGUGCCAGCCGAGAAGACCCGUGUGGAGAGUGUGGAGCUGGUCUUGCCCCCACAUGCCAAUCAUCAAGGCAAUACCUUUGGGGGCCAGAUCAUGGCCUGGAUGGAGAACGUGGCCACCAUUGCGGCCAGUCGGCUAUGCCGUGCCCACCCUACACUCAAGGCCAUUGAGAUGUUCCACUUCCGAGGCCCAUCCCAGGUGGGAGACCGUCUGGUGUUCAAAGCCAUUGUGAACAAUGCCUUCAAGCAUAGCAUGGAGGUGGGUGUGUGUGUGGAGGCCUAUCGCCAGGAGGCUGAGACCCAGAGACGGCACAUCAAUAGCGCCUUCAUGACCUUUGUGGUCCUGGAUGAAGAUGACCAGCCUCAGAAGUUGCCAUGGAUUUGUCCCCAGCCUGGGGAGGGUGAACGGCGAUACAGAGAGGCUAGUGCUAGAAAGAAGAUCCGCUUGGACAGGAAGUACAUCGUGUCCUGUAAGCAGGCAGAGGUGCCCCUUUCUGUUCCCUGGGACCCUAGCAACCAGGUGUACCUGAGCUACAACAAUGUGUCCUCCCUGAAGACGCUUGUGGCCAAGGACAACUGGACGCUGUCCUCAGAGAUCAGUCAGGUCCGCCUGUACACCCUGGAGGAGGACAAGUUCCUGUCCUUCCACUUGGAGAUGGUGGUGCAUGUGGAUGCAGCCCAGGCCUUCCUGCUGCUCUCGGACCUGCGCCGGAGGCCAGAGUGGGACAAGCACUACAGGAGUGUGGAGCUAGUGCAGCAGGUGGAUGAGGAUGACACCAUCUACCAUGUCAUCAGCCCUUCCCUGAGUGGUAAUAGUAAGCCCCAGGACUUUGUGAUCUUAGCUUCACGGCGGAAACCUUGUGACAAUGGGGACCCCUAUGUCAUUGCGCUGAGGUCAGUCACACUGCCUACACACUGUGAGACACCAGAGUAUCAACGUGGGGAGACUCUCUGCUCAGGCUUCUGUCUGUGGAGCGAGGGGGACCAGUUGACCAAGGUUUCCUACUACAACCAGGCCACCCCUGGCCUUCUCAACUAUGUGACCACCAAUGUGGCCGGCCUGUCCUCUGAGUUCUACAAUACCUUCAAGGCCUGUGAGCAUUUCCUCUUGGACAACCGGAACGACCUGGCUCCCGGCUUGCAGACCCUCUAGGUGGUGCCCCAUACUGCCCCAGGACUCAUGCACACUUCGUGGAUCAAAGCAGAAACGUUUAUUCACCCUGACUGCCCAGGGAAGCCUCCCAUGUCACAUGGUGCAGUCCCACUGGGUGGUCACUUCUUGCUCACAUCUCCUAGCAAGUCUUCCCGGUACCCUUUGGGUAGCCUGUAGUAGACUCGGGUCCUGUCCACGGUCCUGGCCAUCCACAGCCCAGCCCACACAUCUGCAUAGCUGCUCCCUGCAAGGCUGUACUGCACUGUGACAGUGGCCCGUGGGGAGGCUGCCAGCAGCCUGGUCAUGGUUUCCACCGUACUCUGGCCCAGUGGCCCAGCCUGCAGCUGGAAGGACACAGAUUGCCAGAGUCCCUGACACAGCUCCAGCAUAUCUGUAAGCAGCUGCUCCUGGUAGCCACUGCUCAACACCUCUUCAGGCCAGCCUGGUGCCACGGUCACAUGGGGGAAAAUCUCAGCCACAGCUGUAAGCAGCUCUCUGCCAGCCACGUAGCCAGGGGCCACAAAACUGCCAUGUGAGAUUGUGGCCCCCACCCACACAGGCCAGGGCAGAUGUCCAAGGUUGGAGAGGUAUGCUAGCAUAGCUAGGGAUGGCCGGAGGGCCAUGGGUUCUGCUAUGUUCACAUAAAUGCCCCAGUGCCCAUGGCGUGUGGCCAGCUGCAGCAGGCAUGACUCCAGUGUCAGAGCAGGGCUAUCUAGGGCACGCACAAUGGGCACAGGGUCCCCAGCGGCAUUUCCCUGGAGGCCAAUGUCCAGCAAGAUCAUGCCUUCUGUGUCUGAAAGAGGCAACAGUGUUUGUCAUCAUGGGAUGUCAGUGUCUCUUGUUAAAGGGGUGGUAGAGGUGAUGGGAACAGACAAGGAGGAGGUGCCUGCGCACUCUAGAAUCUGCCAACUCCAUGACAGGCUCCAGGUGCUGUGGCUGGUGACUAUCAGACAGACAUGGCAAAUUACUGGCUUGGUUCUUGGCCUUUGUGACUCAGAGCUGUGCUACUGCCCACUCCUCUAGUCACAAUGUGACCAAGGACUCAGUGCUGCUGGCCUAAGGCCAGGAGGCCCCUGCUCUUGACAUUCUCUCCCUACUUUGUAAUCAGUGUGUAGCUUAUCAUAUUGCCAUGGUACUAGAGACCCAGGGUACACACCCAAGCAAGGACAGACCCACAGGUUAGCCAGGAGGUCUUCAGACAGACUCACCAGGGAUGGUAAUGGCCACUGUCGUCCCACUGUCUUGCACUUCUGGUACCAGCCACUUGACCUCUAGACCGUCACUCCCGGGCUGCUGGAGGAGGGGGAUCAGGCUGCCACCUGUGUAGUACGUUCGCUUCCGGGUUGCAUUCACUGUGGGACCCCAGAUCACCAAGGCGAAGGGAUCACUAUCCAUGAAUCACCUUGUAUAUGUCCUGGCUCUUCCCCAUCCUAAGCUUUGUAGUAACCCACAGGAUUGCUGUUGCUUCCCCCUUUUAUACAUUAGAGGUCAUCAGUUCGAAGUCCUGUGGCCAGUAAGCAGAGUUACUGGACCAGGAACCAAAUGGAGCUAGAGCUGGUGGGUCCCAAAGCUGGUCAAUCCCCUCCCUCCUUUAGGUGAUUUCUUUAGCAGGAGUGUGAAGUCUAAUAUGACUCCUUGGGACAGCUUAACUGCAGGUGCUUCUUCUUGGCUCAGUCAGGGUCAAGAGAAUGAGGGGUUUGCAGAGUGGCAUCUGGAUCAUGAAUUAGUGAGCACACAGAAGGACUUUCCCCUGAAGCACCAGUGUCACCUGAAGAUGAGCUGUGCUAUGCUGGCAAGUGUGUGCAGUUUGGAGUUGGCUGGGAUCCUACCUGAGCUGUGUCUCGUAUAAGCUGCAUGCCUAUAAAUUCCCUCUAGUUCUGAGCUUCCAUUUCCCUCUGUAAAAAUCCUGUUUUGUAGCUAAGUGAGGCUUACAUAGCAUACUCUCCCAAGGGCUGGCAAGUGACAGGAGCUCAGGACAGCUCCUGUUUUCUAUUCUACCCAGGAUUUUUCCUUCUGAGGUCCCCAACCCCAGCUCUGCUCCAGUGCCCACCCAGGGCUGCCCAGCACAGAACCCAGCCCACACCUCCCCUUCCAGGUUCCCUCCCUACAGGCCAGCUGCUUGAACUUCGACAAAACAGGCUCAAAGAGGUCAUAGUAGAUUUGGUGGGUGGCACUGUUGUCCCGGAUGUAGAGGAGAUCAUCUACUGACACGGGGUCCGAGGUACCCUGCCACAGCGUCAGGCUGUACCUGGGACCAAACAGCUGACUCAGUGCCCACCAGGGCCCAGAGAGACCCUCAGCUCCACUCCUGUGCUCAGAACUGAAUGCCAGAUGAGCCCAGAGGUGGAAUAUCCGUCCUCCAGAUUCCUACUAGGCUCGCCUCCCUAAGGACCAUCCCUUCUGGGAGAUGACUGAGAUCGACCAUUCAGGAUAGGAGGAUGUGCCCACUUGGAGUCUCUCUGAGUUACCCACCAAUGGGAGCAGUGAGUAGCCCAUUGCCAGGGGUAUACAAGCCAAAAGUAUGGCAUUGCAGAAGGUUCUAGGCAACCAGUAGGUUCUUUAGGACCCCUUACACCAUAUUCAUCUGGGAUCUUCCCAAGUAGGCAUCAGAGCCCAGGAUAGACUCGGAGCCAGAGGAAGCUGACAGGAAUCUUGGGGUCUUCACCUCUCAGAUUGGCCCAGCAGCCAGCUGAAGUGGGGCCAAGCAGCCCGAGCCAUUACAGCCCGCACAGGGAAGGUGACCCUCUGUGGCAGCGCUCUCACCAGCUCCUGCAUUUUUUCCACCAUGUCUUGGGUAUAUGUGGAAUUUGGCAACUGAGGCACAUAGAGAGUGGUGAAGCCUAGAGACAGGGUGACUUCUGGGUACUUCUCCUGGACCAAUGCCAGGAACCUGCAGAGAAUUGAGACACUGAUCUUUACAGACCAUACUGGUCCCUUCUUGUGGGUUCUCGCCACAGGUUAGGGAGCAGCUGGGCCUGUUGAAUAUGUGCUUAGAGGACAGCAAUAGAACCCUGUCAAGCAACCGUGGCCUGCACAUACCUCCAAUACCUCCAUCCUGAGUAGUCAGGGAGGUCUGGGUUGAGGUCCUGACUCUGACUCUGGUGAUCAUGUAGCCUCUGGUUCUCAAAGACAGUGAUCCUCUGCUAGGGCAGGGCCUUUUUUUUCCCCCCAUCUCUUUGAAGCAGGGUCUCCCUGUAGCCCCAGCUGUCCUGGAACUCACUAUGUAGACCAGGCUGGCCUUGAACUCACGGAGAUCCACCAGGCAGGCAGAUCCUUUUAAGCAAUACAAUGUGGACAGAAGAGGCUGAAUCAGAGUUCCAGGGUGUGCAGACCUGGGCUCUGCCAGCUAACUGUACAUUUCCGAAGUUUUGGAUUCUUAAAAAAAUUUUUUAUAUGAAUGCGCAUGCCUGUGAUCCCAGUAUUUUCGAAGCGGAGGCAGGAAGAUCAGGAGUUGAAAGUCAUCCUCAGCUACGUAGUGAGGGCAAGGCCACGCCACCUUGGGCUGUAUGAGAUUGUUUCAAAACAAAAUUAUUUGAAUUUUGUUCUGAUGCAGAUUUUAAUAGGCAAAUGAUGUCACGCACUGCCAGCCCCCCAGAUGAGUAAAAUCAGUACCCUGAGAGUCCUACUUGUCUUAAGCCCUUGACUACAUUUUCAAAUGGCUCUUUUCAAAUGCAUGUCACUUUGAGAAUCAGUAAAUAUUAGGUGGCCGGGCAGAUGGAGGGAGAGGCACAGUAGAGCAAGAAGCUCUGUGGGAACCUUUGCUCUGCCACUCUGUAGACUGAGGCAGGCCAUUUAACCUCUCUAAGAUAGUUCCUGUACUCGCACGAUGAAGAUGACUGUAGCUACCUCAUUCUUCUUAGAGUUCAGCUCUACACUGCAAGUCAAGUGCUCGAAACAGUGCCUGGGGCACACAAUAAACUCUCAACAGAGCAUA